GAGGAAAUGUUUGAGAAUUACAGAAAUGCCUGCCGAAGUGGGGAAGUCAAUCUGGGAACUGAUUUUGGAACAGUUUGAUGAUCUCCUUGUAAAAAUUCUCCUCAUGGCUGCCAUAAUUUCCUUUGUUCUAGCUUUAUUCGAAGAACACGAUGAUCAAACGGCUGCUGUUACCGCUUUCGUUGAACCUUUUGUUAUCCUACUCAUUCUUAUAGCUAACGCCACGGUUGGAGUUUGGCAGGAACGGAAUGCUGAAUCAGCUAUAGAGGCCUUGAAAGAAUAUGAACCUGAAAUGGCCAAGGUCGUUCGAUCGGGGGUACAAGGCAUUCAGAUGGUACGAGCACGCGAUCUAGUGCCUGGAGAUAUCGUUGAAGUUUCUGUAGGAGACAAGAUUCCCGCUGACCUUCGGCUACUGAAGAUUUACUCGACAACUAUACGUAUUGACCAAUCUAUUCUUACUGGAGAAUCAGUUUCUGUUAUCAAACACACCGAUUCUGUUCCCGAUCCCCGUGCUGUAAAUCAAGAUAAGAAGAACUGCCUUUUUUCAGGAACAAAUGUAUCCUCUGGAAAAGCACGCGGAAUAGUGUUCAGUACUGGGUUAGAUACUGAAAUUGGGAAGAUUCGUACUGAAAUGGCAGAGACGGAAUCUGAGAAGACCCCACUUCAACAAAAACUUGAUGAGUUUGGCGAACAGUUGUCGAAGGUUAUUUCGAUCAUCUGUGUCGCUGUGUGGGCUAUAAACAUAGGUCAUUUCAAUGAUCCUGCACAUGGAGGCUCGUGGAUUAAGGGAGCUAUUUAUUAUUUUAAGAUUGCUGUUGCUCUUGCUGUUGCUGCCAUUCCUGAAGGCCUUCCAGCUGUUAUAACCACUUGUCUAGCCCUCGGCACCCGACGUAUGGCGAAAAAGAAUGCUAUUGUACGGUCGUUGCCCUCUGUCGAAACUCUUGGUUGUACUUCCGUCAUCUGUUCUGAUAAGACUGGAACAUUAACAACAAACCAGAUGUCAGUAUCGAAAAUGUUCAUUGCUGAAUCAGCUUCAAACGAUAAUAUCAACUUUAAUGAGUUCACCAUAUCUGGGUCAACCUAUGAGCCCUCUGGGAAGGUCUUUUUCGGGGGAAAAGAGGUCAAUUGUGCUGGAGGAGAUUUCGAUGCACUUACCGAGCUAGCCACCAUUUGUGCUAUGUGUAAUGAUUCAGCGGUUGACUACAAUGACACUAAGAAAGUAUAUGAGAAGGUUGGAGAAGCCACUGAAACUGCUCUCAUUGUUCUUGUUGAAAAGAUGAACGUCUAUGGUACACCGAAAUCUGGCCUGUCUCCACGUGACUUGGGAAAUGUUUGUAAUCGCGUCAUUCAGCAGAAAUGGAAAAAGGAGUUCACACUAGAAUUCUCUCGUGAUCGGAAAUCCAUGUCUUCAUACUGCGUCCCAGCCACUGGUGGUUCACAUGCUAAGAUGUUUGUGAAAGGUGCACCCGAAGGAGUCCUUAGUAGAUGUACCCAUGUUCGCGUGAACAACCAAAAAGUACCUCUUACUGCCGCCAUGACUCAGAAAAUUGUUGAGAAAUGUGUGCAGUACGGUACUGGACGAGACACACUUCGUUGCUUGGCUCUUGGGACUAUAGACAACCCGGUAUCACCACAGAACAUGAACCUCGAGGAAUCGUCGCAGUUUAAUAAAUAUGAGCGCGAUAUUACCUUUGUGGGUGUAGUUGGAAUGCUCGAUCCUCCUCGAACUGAGGUGCUGAAAUCAAUCAGGGAUUGUAAUCAUGCUGGUAUUCGUGUUAUCAUGAUCACUGGUGACAACAAGAACACCGCAGAAGCUAUUGGCAGACGUAUUGGUCUUUUCACAGAGGACGAGGAUACUACUGGGAUUUCGUUUACUGGACGAGAAUUUGACGAUCUGCCGCCAGAGCAGCAGUCUGAAGCUUGUCGGCGAGCAAAACUCUUCGCUCGUGUUGAACCCUCGCACAAAUCGAAAAUUGUAGACAUUUUGCAGAGUCAUGGAGAGAUCACCGCGAUGACUGGUGAUGGUGUGAAUGAUGCUCCUGCAUUGAAAAAGGCAGAAAUUGGAAUCGCUAUGGGAUCUGGAACAGCUGUUGCUAAAUCUGCCUCUGAAAUGGUGCUUGCUGAUGAUAACUUUGCUUCAAUCGUGGCAGCUGUUGAAGAAGGACGUGCUAUCUACAACAAUAUGAAACAGUUUAUCCGUUAUCUUAUCUCAUCCAAUGUUGGAGAAGUCGUAUCAAUCUUUGUGGUGGCUGCCCUCGGCAUUCCAGAAGCCCUCAUCCCUGUUCAACUUUUAUGGGUAAAUUUGGUCACUGAUGGUUUACCCGCAACGGCCCUCGGUUUCAACCCACCUGAUUUGGAUAUAAUGGAGCGUCAUCCGAGGUCCGCAAACGAUGGUCUUAUUUCAAAGUGGCUGUUUUUCCGUUAUUUAGCAGUUGGAACUUAUGUCGGAGUUGCGACUGUUGGGGCGUCGAUGUGGUGGUUCCUUCUUUAUGAAGAUGGACCUCAAAUCACGUACUAUCAGCUAACUCAUUGGAUGAGAUGCGAGAUCGAGCCUGAAAAUUUUGUUGACUUGGACUGUGCUGUAUUUGAAGAUAACCAUCCAAAUGCUAUGGCGCUUUCUGUUCUUGUGACAAUUGAAAUGCUAAACGCAGUUAAUUCGUUAUCCGAAAACCAAUCACUACUUGUCAUGCCGCCGUGGAAAAACGUAUGGUUGUGUGCCGCCAUAGCUUUAUCGAUGUCGCUUCAUUUCGUCAUUCUCUAUGUUGAUAUUAUGGCUACUAUUUUCCAAAUAACACCGUUAUGUCUCGCAGAAUGGGUAGCAGUAUUAAAGAUCUCGGUACCUGUUCUAUUUCUCGACGAGAUUCUUAAGUUCAUCGCACGCAAUUACAUCGACGGUAAGCCGGCUACAAGCACAAGCAAUUUGCGAGCCAUCAUAUCGUUAGCCGGUCUCGCAGCUGUUUGGUGUGCAUAUUUUGGCUGGAUAUUGGGCCCAUAUGCAAAAGCGAUCGAGCGUGCUUUCGGUGGCGCCACUAUGACAACACAUAACGAGUUAUAG